GAACAACUGACUGAGCUGCCAACCCCAGCAUUCCAGUUUUCUCUCCUCCACUCCACCGAAUACAAAUUGAGUCUUUCAACUCUCUCUCCUCUGUUUUUCUCUCUCUUAACAUCCCUCCCAAAUGCCUUCCGGCCUUGGAUGCCAGUAGGCCCUUUCUUCGCUCUCUCCUCUCCCAUGGCGCAGCCUCAGAUUGGUCAUCUGGUUCCUCUCGAUCAAAAUCUCCAAGAAGACGCCUCAAUCGCGAAGAUUCCCGUCUUCCGAGGACUGAACUUCGUCGGACGGAACAGCGUCUCCUUAUCGGACAAACGGCUCAGCCGCAACCAUCUCGCUCUCACCGUCUCUCCCGAUGGCUCUGCGACGGUGAUCGUGGAAGGUACCAAUCCGGUUGUUGUUAACUCCGGGAAUAAUAGAGAAAAGCUUUGUUCUCGUGAAAAUGGGACGAUUAGAAAUGGAGAUGUUAUAGAGUUGAUUCCGGGCCAUUAUAUGUUUAAAUAUGUGAUUAGCGAUACUGAAAAGAGUAGUUCCGGUCAUGGAAGAGAGGCCGAUGAAGGUAAUGCUGCUUCGAGUCGAAAGAGGUUACGCCAAACAUCUGAAGCAAAAGUCUCUUCGAGUAACUCCAAGAUUAUUGAGCUGGAAAAGAACAGCAGGGUGGAAGGAAGCAAUUCGAUGGCUGAGAAUUCCAGGAAUUCAUUGUCUAAAAAAGAUAGUAGUGAGGAAGCCAUUCGCCAUUUUCAUGUUUCUCCUGAUAAGUUGGCACUGACUUUUCGGCUUUUGCGAGUACAAGGACUGCCUCAAUGGGCAAAUACCUCUUGUGUCUCCAUAGAGGAUGUGAUUCAGGGGGAUAUUCUCUUUGCCGUCCUUUCUAAUUAUAUGGUAGACAUCGAUUGGCUGUUAUCUGCAUCUCCACUACUUUCAAAAAUCCCCAAGGUGUUGGUAGUUAAUGGUGAGGGUGAUGGCACACUGGAUCAUAUGAAGAGAAUCAAGCCUGCAAAUUGGAUUCUGCACAAACCACCACUACCCAUUUCAUUUGGAACACACCACUCAAAGGCCAUGCUUCUUGUGUAUCCCCGAGGAGUGAGAAUUAUUAUACAUACAGCAAACUUAAUAUAUGUCGAUUGGAACAAUAAAACUCAGGGUUUGUGGAUGCAAGAUUUCCCCUGGAAAGAACAAAAUAAUCCAAGCAAAGGAUGUGCAUUUGAAAAUGAUUUGACGGAUUAUCUCAGUGCACUAAAGUGGCCUGAGUUCUCCGUUAAUUUUCCAAAUCUUGGAAGCUUUACUAUCAACUCGUCAUUUUUUAGAAAGUUUGAUUACAGCAAUGCAGAGGUGAGGUUAAUUGCUUCUGUCCCUGGAUAUCAUACGGGUGUAAAUCUGAAGAAGUGGGGACACGUGAAGCUACGUACUGUACUCCAGGAGUGUACUUUUGAUAGAGAGUUUAAAAAAUCUCCUCUAGUUUAUCAGUUCUCCUCCCUAGGUUCUUUGGAUGAGAAGUGGAUGGCUGAAUUUGCAUCUUCAAUGUCGUCAGGUUUAUCAGAAGAUAAAACUCCACUUGGCCCCGGGGAGCCAUUAAUUAUAUGGCCCACCGUUGAAGAUGUCAGAUGCUCUUUAGAGGGUUAUGCAGCUGGAAAUGCCAUUCCAAGUCCACUGAAGAAUGUUGAGAAAGCAUUCUUGAAGAAAUAUUGGGCCAAGUGGAAGGCAAGCCAUAGUGGUCGCAGUCAUGCAAUGCCACAUAUUAAGACUUUCGCUCGAUAUAAUGAUCAGAAGCUGGCUUGGUUUUUGUUAACUUCAGCGAAUCUCAGCAAAGCUGCCUGGGGAGCUCUGCAGAAGAAUAAUUCUCAACUAAUGAUCCGUUCUUACGAGCUAGGGGUGCUCUUUUUACCAUUUAAACGAUGCAGCUUCAGAUUUUCUUGUACCAAUACCGUUUCUCAGCCAGAGGAUAAAUGCGGAUCAUCAGAUAAUUCUAAGGCACAGAAAACAGAACUAGUGACUUUGAAUUGGCAAAGAAGCUCGAACGCGGUUUCCUUGUCUGAAAUAGUUAAAUUGCCCCUGCCUUACGAGCUUCCUCCUCAGCCAUACUCUUCUGAAGAUGUACCAUGGUCUUGGGACCGGACGUAUAACAAGAAGGACGUUUAUGGUCAAGUUUGGCCACGGCAAGUUAAGCUGUAUUCUCAUCAAGAUUCUUGAAAUUUUCCGUGUUUUAUUUCUUUUUUUUUUCCUAGGGCCUAAUUGCACACUAUACUCCACUGAUUUGCUAACUUCCCUGCACGAAUCUUUAUGUUAAAUUGGAUACUAUUUGUUUCAAAA